GCGGGAGGAGGGAGGCGGCGCGCGGCGCGGACUUCGGACGCGUUGCGAGGGUCUGGGUGACCCCGUGUUCGUGCCCGGAAGAUGGAGCCACUUAGUACGUUCGAGCGCCCGAGCGGCCCGAAUCUCCGAGCGAAAUGGUCGCUGAGCCCCAGGGCGUCGGGCUUCCGUGCGCGUUCCAGUGAAGGGAGCCCAGGCGCCUGGAAGCAGCGCCCCACGGUCCCCGCCUCCGGCACCUCGAAGGACCCCCUGCACUCGAAGCCGAGACACCCCGAGGGGAGGAGCAGGCCAAUGUGCAAUACCAACAUGUCUGUGUCCGCUGAUGGUGGUGUCAGCACCUCGCAGAUUCCAGCUUCGGAACAAGAGACCCAGGUUAGACCAAAGCCAUUGCUUUUGAAGUUGUUAAAGUCUGUUGGUGCACAAAAAGACACCUACACUAUGAAAGAGAAAAUAUAUACAAUGAUCUACAGAAACUUGAUAGUAGUCAAUCAGCAGGAACCAUCAGAAUCUGGCACAUCUAUGAAUGAGAAUGGAUGCCAUUUAGGGAGUGAGAAUGAUCAGAAGGGUCCUGGGCAAGAGCUGCAGGAAGAGAAGCCUUCAUCUUCACAUUUGAUUUCUAGACCAUCUACCUCAACUAGAAGGAGAGCAAAUAGUGAGACAGAAGAAAACUCAGAUGAAUUUUCUACUGAACAACAAAGAAAGCGCCACAAAUCUGAUAGUAUUUCCCUUUCCUUUGAUGAAAACAUGGCUAUGUGUCCAGUAAGGGAGAUGUGUCGUGAAAGAAGCAGUAGCAGUGAAUCGACAGAGACUCCCUCAAAUCUGGAUCUUGGUGAUGGUGUCAGUGAACAUUCAGGUGAUUGGUUGGAUCAGGAUUCAGUUUCUGAUUCGGAUCAGUUCAGUGUAGAAUUUGAAGUUGAAUCUCUUGAUUCAGAAGAUUAUAGCCUUAGUGAAGAAGGACAAGAACUCUCAGAUGAAGAUGAUGAGGUAUAUCGAGUUACUGUGUAUCAGGCAGGGGAAAGUGAUACAGAUUCAUUUGAAGAAGAUCCUGAAAUUUCUGUAGCUGACUAUUGGAAGUGUACUUCGUGCAAUGAAAUGAAUCCUCCCCUUCCAUCACAUUGCAACAGAUGUUGGGCCCUUCGUGAGAAUUGGCUUCCAGAAGAUAAAGGGAAAGAUAAAAGGGAACUCUCUGAGAAAGCCAAACUAGAAAAUUCAGCCCAGGUAGAAGAGGGCCUAGAUGUGCCUGAUGGUAAAAAAAUAAUGGUGAGUGAUUCUAAAGAGUCAUGUGUUGAGGAAAAUGAUGAUGAACUCAUACAAGCUUGCCAAUCACAAGAAAGUGAGGACUAUUCUCAACCAUCAACUUCGAACACCAUUAUCAGUAGUAGCCAAGAAGAUGUCAAAGACUCUGAGAAGGAAGAAACACAAGAUGAAGAAAGUAUGAAAUCUAGCUUUUCUCUCAAUGCCAUUGAGCCAUGUGUAAUUUGCCAAGGUCGACCUAAAAACGGAUGUAUUGUUCAUGGUAAAACAGGACAUCUUAUGUCAUGCUUCACAUGUGCAAAGAAGUUAAAGAAAAGGAAUAAGCCCUGCCCAGUAUGUAGACAACCAAUUCAAAUGAUUGUACUAACUUAUUUCAGCUAGUUGAUCCAUUCCUCAAAGUGGAAUUAUAUAUUGCUAACUAUAUAACCCUAAAAAUGUAUAAAACAUAGAUUUUUAUUUUAAUCUACAUAUUCAAAACAAAGUAUAUUGGUCCA